AUGCAAAUUAUAUAUAAAUCUCGUGGGCAUACUUGGCGGAGUAUAGAUUGUAACAAAUCGUUACCAUUUAAUAUUUAUUGCUCUGUUUGCAAUGAGCUUAUGUUGCCUUUAGUUGGACUUUUUUGUGAGUGUUGUGCAGCUAGUGCUUGCAAGAAAUGCAACAGAGUUUUAGACAAAAAAUUAAAAUGUAAGCAAAUCACAUGGCCAAGUGAUAAACCGUUUUAUCAUCAAUGGGUUAAUAUAGGUACAGCAAAUGGGAAAGAUGGAGACCAUAAUGAAGAGAAUCUAAAAAAGAUAUUUUGUUCUUGGUGUCAGCGUAUUAAAAUAGUAAAAGAAAAUGAACUCAGAAAAAAUGAUCUAUGUGAUUUUAACAAGUACAAAAAAAUUAUAAUUCCCCCAACUUGUGUGGAAGUAGAAAAAGGUUUAAUAAGUUAUAUCAAGUCACCACUGGAAGAUGAUUGGGAACCGCUCAUUAUAUUUGCUAACAGAAAAUCUGGAAGCAGUAGAAGUGAUGAAGUACUAUCAAUAUUUCGCGGCCUACUUAAUCCAAUACAGGUGAUUGACUUAAGUGCUAUUUCCGCCGGAGAACGUGAUAAAAUGGCUGCCGGGCCGGCCGCGCCGCACAUUAGAGCAUCCGUUGGCAUUCUGCCCAUGGGCACGGGCAACGACCUCUCACGCGUUUUGGGCUGGGGUCCGGGUUGCAAUUCACACCUCGAUGCACAUUCCAUUAUAAAGUCAAUACGUCAAGCUGAAGAGCAGCCAUUAGACAGAUGGAAGGUAACGAUAAAAGGGAAGCGGGGGCGAUUGCGGCGUUGCCGCCCCGACCGCGUCCUCUACGCUUACAACUACGCGAGCGUCGGCGUGGACGCCCAGGUGGCGCUGGACUUCCACCGCGCCCGCGCCCAGUUCCUCUACCGCUUCGCCAGCCGCACCCUCAACUACGUCGCGUAUUUGUUCCUGGGCGUGGGCCGCGCGUUGGACGACGGCGGGUGCCACGGCCUGGAGCGGCGGUUGCGCGUGUUCCUGGACGGGCAGAGCGAGCCGAUGGCGCUGCCGCCGCUGCAGGCGCUGGUGCUCCUCAACAUACAGUCGUGGGGAGCUGGCGUGCACCUUUGGAGCAUGGGGAAUGAAGGCGAAGUACCCGAGCAGAGCGUCAACGACGGAAAACUCGAGGUGGUGGGAAUUUCAUCGUCCUUCCAUAUCGCACGACUACAGGUCGGUCUUGCGGAGCCGUAUCGUUUUGCUCAAACCUCACGAAUCAAGAUUGAAUUGUCUGGAUCUUGUGCGAUGCAAGUAGACGGCGAGCCGUGGAUGCAGUCAGCGGCGGUUAUUACCAUGGAACCAGACGGCCAAUGUCUUAUGCUCAAAGCAGCCAAAGACGCUAGUAAUGCUAAC